AUGAUCAAGCGGAUGACCUCCAUCUCAACCACCAAUUCAUCGUCCGCUAAAGACUCUCGCUCCCACUCCAGCAGCCGAGUCGAGCAGUUUAUCUCCACCGAAGAGCAGCCCACCAGCCCAACCACUAGCAACUUCCCCUCAUCCGCUGGAGGAGCUGGAGCCCAACCCAGGGACGCCUCCCUCUCAUCAUCCCACAGUUUAUCGCAAAAGCCGUUUGGCUUUGCCUCCUUCUCCUCUGCCUCCCCCGACCAAUGGUCGGUUGCCGAGGUGUCUGAAUGUGCCAAGCUCAAAGGACUGGACGGAUUCACUGCCGGGAGGUUUGUCGAACACAAGAUCACCGGGGACGCGCCCCCUUGGCUGCAGCACAGGCUGUUUCCUCGACUGUGUCCCUAUCCGCCCCCGCCGCAGUUGUGA